GGUCAUACAACAAGUAUAGAAUAUUCUGACCAAUCACCGUAGAGUGCGGUGUGAAUAAGAUGAACUAAACUACACUUCACCUCAAAGAAAACGGCGCGAAGUUGGGAGCGAUACCAAUUCACUUUUAGAGGGGAGUUCGUAAGCGCUGUACUGUUAUUGACGUACACUUGUAAAACGAAUACAAACGUAAUGAGGAAAUAUACUUUGUGUAGCGUUAAAUAGGCACACAUAGCGCUUAGGACAGUUAUCCAACAGGUUUCGUUUUCUUAAAGAAACCCCAUGUAGUGCUGACGAAUGAAAUCGCCCAGAAGAAGGAAAUGUGGAGGAGAACUCAAACAGAAGACCCAAAUAUGUAUGCAGGAUCUCAUUAUUGUCCAUAAAUAUCACAUAAAUGCGUUUAUUAAUCGCUACUGUUUCCCUCUGAAUAAGUCGGUGUGUUUUGAAAAACGUGACCACAAUGUCUCAAGUGACCCUUUUGGAUGAGGUCUCUCAGUGGAACCAGGAGACCUGUCAACAAGAACUCAAAACGGUCCUGCCCAAACUAGUUGCCAUGCAUCAUGACACUGACAGCUGGGAAGAGCACACAAAUAUUCUUCAAAUAAUCACAAGCCGGUUCCUCCCUCAUCUUUCUUUAUCUGAAUUAGAGACGGGAUGUUUCUCCACGGUCUUACCCAAGGUGGUAAAAGUGUUUGCCAGUCUUUUGGAAGAAAUCAGCAAGCAAAUUGGAGGCCUUUCUAGUCAGAACACAGAGCUACAUGUGUUAUUGAGAAAUAUCUUGAAGAUGAUGGUCCAGACCCUGGAGUCUCUCUCUGGCUGUGUGCGUCAUGUCUGUUCCUUCGAAGAGUCUGUUUCCUUUGAUGCCAUUCGCUCUCUGCCCUCCUGCAUCCUCAGAGUCCUAAAGGACACCUUCCAGCACUGCAAGGACAGUGAGGUCAUGUACAGUGGAAGGUUGUCAUUGGUGGGGGAUCUGCUUCAGGGCCUGUUUAAAGAGGCCUAUUCUUUGCAGAAGGGCCUGAUGGAACUCAUGGACAAAAUUAACUUGGAGAACACUGCUUCUGAGGAGGAAGUGUCGGAUAUUGUCACAGUGAUUCACAGUCUGCUGGACAUAUGCUCGAUCAUAUCCAGAUUGGACAUUGCGCUACAUGCCAACACAUGGAAAUUUAUCAUAAAACAGAGCGUGAAAUACCAGUCUUUUGUAGAAGAUCGGCUUCACCACACUGACAUAGCCUUCUCGUUGUGUGAAGACCUGUGUACAUCUGUCCAGAACUGUCUUGAGCUGGCCCAACAGAUCCAACAGGCAGGCCUACAGGAAAUUGUGCACUGUCCAGAAUACAAGCUUUUCCAAAAAGCAACAAAGAUGUGUAGGUUUUUUGCCAACACAUUAGUCCACUACACAAAGCCUCAGUGUCCCAAAAUUUCGUUCUCUCCGCCAGCGGUGACCCUGCACUCAGUAAUGAGGAGAAAAGCAGUGCACAAUACAAUCAAUGGUGCCACUACACUCUUGAGGUCAAACCGCAAUGCUCUGAAACGACAAACAGCAGCAUGGAUCCAUCUAGAACGUAUCGUUCCAAAGAUCUGUGCCGACUGCUGA